CCAAAGCAGGUGUUCUGUGGCCAAAGGUGAUCUGGACGGGCCGUGGGGUGGAGUGUCAACACUUGAUGUUUUUUACGCUAUGCAGUCCGAGUUGUGCACGCGAGGAUGGCGAGUGAUUUGCCGAAAGGUUGGGAGAAACGGAUCAGCCGAUCUACAGGUGAGCCGUACUACUUGAACACACUCACCAAGGAAAGCCAAUGGGAGCCACCCAAGGAGCCCGCAUCCACAGGAACAUCGACGAAAGACCAGGUGUGGUGCUCACACCUACUGGUCAAACACUGCGAGUCACGGAGGCCGUCUUCAUGGCGCCAGGAGAACAUCAGGACAAAAAAGGAGGCGCUUGCCCUUAUCAAAGGAUAUCGGGAGCAAAUAGUGUCGGGAAAGGCAACCUUUGAAGAGCUGGCGAGCCAGUAUAGCGACUGUAGCUCUGCCAAGCGGAAAGGCGACCUGGGAACAUUUGGCAGGGGCGCAAUGCAGAAGCCUUUUGAGGAUGCCGCCUUCGCUCUCAGCGUUGGGGAGCUCUCAGAGCCAGUCUACACAGAGUCAGGCAUCCACCUGAUCUUGCGCACUGCCUAAAGAGUGCCUCCAAGGUGCGAUUUGGUCUGCAGCAACAUCAAGAGCCAGCCUAGCCAACAUUAUCACAGCGCAAUGAAGCAAGGAUGGACAAACCAUGGUGUGGCUGUAAUAAAAAAAAUACUGCCCUCCCGAAGUGC